AGCAUGAGGGUGCAGAAGGCAAUGGAACCAGUGCAUUAAGGACAUAUAACAUGUAUCCACAGGACAUGUAGCCUGUAAUUGAAGUGUCAUGAUGAUCUCUCCAUUGGCAAAAGAUUCCGGAGUAGUCCCCCAUUCGGAUCACUGGGAGGGGACUGCCAAGGGGGAGGUUAUCAUCAGAAAAAGAUUGAAUAACCAGCAAAAGGAUAACGUUCUACAAGUCGGGGUGUGGAAUGUCAGAAGCUUGAACGUGGUAGGGAAACUAGAAAAUCUGAAAAGGGAAAUGCAAAGGCUCAGUCUAGAUAUAGCAGGGGUCAGUGAAGUGAAAUGGAAAGAAGACAAGGAUUUCUGGUCAGAUGGCAACAAAGUGGGGAAUUGCAAGUGCAGGCAGAAUCAGCCAUGAUUUUGUUGUUGCCUUGAACACUCUGUCUCAUGAUGAGCACAAAGUAGUAGCUGUAGCUGCCAGGGAGUUUGAAAGAGCACAGAUAUUUGGAAAUCAUCACAAAAUACCUUCUGUGUAUGGAUCCUAUGAAGAGCUUGCAAAAGACCCAAAUGUUGAUGUUGUGUACAUCGGAGCCAUACAUCCACAACAUUACCAUGUUGGAAAAUUGAUGUUGGAGAAUGGAAAACCUAUACUUUGUGAAAAACCGCUCACUAUUAACUCUAAACAAACAAAAGAACUCAUUGCAUUGGCAAGAGAGAAGAAGCUAUUUUUAAUGGAGGCAGUUUGGUCCCGUUGUUUUCCUGCUUAUGCCAUGCUUAGGAGGGAAAUGAAUGCAGGUACAUUGGGUGACAUUGUCCAGGUCAUAGCGAAUUUUGGUGUUCCUUUGGAGAAGGAAGACCGCCCAAGAUCAAAGGAGCUUGGUCGUGGUACCGUACUUGAUUUGGCAGUUUAUUGCCUACAGCUCGCUAUAUUCGUAUUUGGUCCUGUACACCCAAAAAAUAUUGUUGCUCUCGGACACUUGAAUGAAUUUGGAUGUGAUGAUAGCAUGGCCUGUGUAUUAACAUAUGAAGGUGGUAAAACAGCAGUGCUGAGUACAAAUGCUCGAACGUAUCUCCCUAAUGAAGGAUUUAUAGUUGGGACCAAAGGCAGUUUAAAGAUACCAAAUUUCUGGUGUCCUACAAGAGUGGCAGCACCAGACAAGACAUCUGAUUUUAUUCUUCCAACAGCAUCAAAGGCAUUUAAUUUCAUAAACAGUGCAGGGCUGCGCUAUGAGGCUAUGGAAGUUAGGCGAUGCCUGAGAGAAGGACUGUUGGAGAGUCCUAAAAUAACACACGAUGAGAGCAUACUGUUGGCAGAAUUGGAAGAUGAACUGAGGAAAAUAUUGGGAGUGAAAUAUGAGUUGUAUGAGUAGAAAGUUUUAUCACUUAAUGUAUCAGACAAACCUUUUGUUUUGAACAUCUGAGGAAAACACUAAAUGUUGAAUUCAUGGGUCAGUCAAAGAUAUAGGCACAUGUCUUCUUCUGUAAUCAUGAACACUUUUCAUCUCUCACACUUUGUGUAAUGUGAUCAUUUCAUCAAUCACACUGGAAAAAUAGAACAGUAUGUGACAUUUUCUCAGUCUUUGUUGUCUUCAUAAAUUUAUUGACUGUCCAGUUUAUUUAUUGGUUUGUUUUUUGUGUACCUUUAAGAGGAACUGUGAUCUGUCCUUCAUGGAACCGUGUGUCAUUUACAGUAUUUGUACAGUGUUAUUCUCAUGGCCUCUGCAUUUAUGAGGAGUAUGAACUGCUGACUGUCACUAAAUAUAAUAACUGCUCAGAAGUAUUUUGUACUAGUAUGAAUGAUAACUUAUAUAAGAGAAACAUAUUUAAACAGAUUUCCUUGGUGUAUAUAAACAUUACUAUUUUACAUUUUUGCUAAUAAAU